AUGAACAAAUGCAGUGCAUACAACCGUGUAUUCCAACAUUUUGAUGAAGACAAAGAUGGUAAAAUCUCAGCCCUGGAACUGUGUCGUUGCAUUGAAUCAAUAGGUGGCGGGUUGCUGAUGGAAGAGGCUGAGACAGUGAUUGAAUCCUUGGACUCAGAUGGAGGUGGGUUGCUGGGGUCGGAGGAUUUUGUUGGUUUAAUGGAAAGUGGGAGUGAAGAAGAGAAAAUAAAGGACUUGAGAGAAGCCUUUGAGAUGUAUGACACAGAUGGAGCCGAAUGCAUCACACCAAAGAGUCUGAAGAGUAUGCUUAGCCGACUUGGCGAGUCAAGAGCCCUUGAAGAAUGUGUUGUUAUGAUUAACCAGUUUGAUCUUGAUGGCAAUGGGGUGCUUAAUUUUGAAGAGUUCAAGGACAUGAUGAUACAUUGAGUCAUGUGCCGCGUAGAUUUUUUUUUGGGAAAUUUAAGAAGUAUGUAGUUGAGUAACAAACCUCUUUUUAGUGUUGAAUAGUGUGGUGUGAUAUUUUUAUGUCCUUUGUCAAAAUAAUACCAUUUAAUGUAUUUUUGGGCCUUGCAACAACCCUAUACCUCUCAUGCCUUAACGCUUUCCUAGCAUCACGGGCCUAACAGUUCAAUUAUGGGAAUUCACUUUA